AGAGCUCCAUAGUUUUGUGUAGACAGUAGAAUACGGAAAGUUAUUUCUUUACAAUGGAUUCCGGUGGCAUUAUUCCCGACAUUAUUGAUUCGAAGCCUGGUGCCGUUGCCAAGGUUACCUAUCCCGGUGAUGUCAAAGUUGAAUUGGGCAAGGAGUUAACGCCAACACAAGUAAAGGAUCAACCGGAAGUCAGUUGGGAAGCAGAAGACGGUGCUCUCUACACAUUGUUGAUGGUCGAUCCAGAUGCACCAUCUCGCCAGGAACCUACAUACCGUGAAAUUUUGCAUUGGUUGGUUAUCAAUAUUCCCGGCAACAAAGUUGCUGAUGGUCAAGUCAUAGCCGAAUACAUUGGCUCGGGCCCACCAGAGGGUACUGGCUUGCAUCGUUACGUUUUCUUGGUAUUCAAACAGGAGGGCAAGAUUUCCACUGACAAAUUUAUAGCAAAGACAAGCCGCGAAGGUCGUGUGAGUGUUAAGACCCGAGACUACAUUGCCAAAUAUAAGUUGGGAAAUCCCAUUGCCGGCAAUUAUUAUCAGGCCCAAUAUGAUGACUAUGUACCAACAUUGCAAGCACAACUAAAGUAAAUAAUGUCACUACAGACCAUUGUAUUUAUUAAGUAUAAUCACUAGUUAUGCCAAUCAAGAACAAUACAAAUAUAUAUCGCGAUUCGUGGUUAUUUGUCAAACAUGAAAGAA